AUUUAUUACUGCUAGUUCUUUGUGCACACAUAUAUAUAAGCUCAGGGAGUCACAGCCGACAGCUGAGAGCAAGCUGUAGCUUUGUUUUGUAUAUAUAGUUAAAGCUCCCUGCAUAGAUUUUGAUGGAGAUGGGGUUUCUGAGGAAUUGGUUCAAAUGGUCGCAGCUAGUUUUAGCUAUGGUGGUGGUGCAGAUGUUUGUAGCAGGGAUGAACUUGCUUUCCAAAGUGAUUCUGAGUGAGGGAAGCUUCAUUUUUGCACUCAUGGCAUACCGGCAUGUUGUUGCGGCUAUAUGUGUUGCUCCUUUUGCCCUUUGUUUCGAAAGGAUCAAGGAACAUAAGUUAGGUUGGUCAGUUUGGUUCUGGCUCUUUGUCAAUGCCUUAACUGGGAUAACCGCAGCAAUGGCAUUGUUUUACUAUGGCCUCCGAGACACCACGGCUACAUAUGCUGCCAACUUCCUCAACUUAAUUCCCAUAGCCACCUUUGUCCUCUCUACCAUCACAGGAACAGAGAAACUGAAUCUGAAAAUAAGAGCAGGGAAGAUUAAGUGUCUAGGGGUGAUAGUAUGUGUUGGGGGAGCCAUAACUACUAGCUUUUACAAGGGCAAAGCAUUUUACUUGAUUCAUCAUAGUAAUAAUCACCAUCACAUCACUGUCGAUACAACAUAUGCUCAUUGGACUCGCGGCACUGUCCUGCUCGUUUGUAGCUGCCUCUCCUAUUCUACGUGGUUCAUCGGGCAGGUUAAAUUGCUCAAACUAUUUCCACUGAAAUAUUGGGCAACAAUGUUAAUCUGCAUCAUGGCAGCCUUGCAAUCAACAGUCAUAGGCUUAUGUUUAGACACAAGUACAGCUUCGUGGAGAAUAGGGUGGGAUCUGCAACUAGUUACUAUACUUUAUUCGGGAGCACUAGCAACAGCUGCAACAUUCUGCUUACUUUCAUGGGCAAUCUCAGUCCAAGGACCUCUCUAUCCUCCUAUGUUCAAUCCAUUGUCUCUCAUUUUUGUGGCAAUAUCAGGAGCUCUCAUACUCGGUGAAGAGAUUAGAAUGGGAACCUUGCUGGGCAUGUUUAUGAUCAUAGUAGGGUUGUACUCAUUUUUGAUGGGUAAACGAAAGGAGACAAAAAGGGUGUCUUUGCCGGAACAAGUAAAAACAAAUGCCGAACUCACAGGGUCUCAGUUGACAGCUGCAGUUGUGCCAACUACUUCACCAGAUAACUGUCACAUCUGCCCUGACAUUGCUGUUGAUGUUGAUCAUGAAGAUGGUUUAAACAAAACCACAGUAAAUCCUAGAGGGCUUGAGGCUAAGGAAAUAACUAUGCUUAUGCUUUGAUUUUGAACAAAGGCAAAAGUCGUUUUCUAGCUUUCAUAAUGUAAUUUUUUCAUUUAAA